GCCCUCAGGUGACUUUAACCCUGCUGCCUUGAAAAUCAAGCAGCUAAUUGCCUAGCAGGGAUUAAGGCAGUUGUGAGAGCUGUUUGUCUGGUUGAGAGGUUUUAGCUCGGGAGCUAGAAUUUUUUGACUCAGAAGUAAAAAUUCUGGAUUCUUUGUCUCCUUUCUGAAUAAAUGGCUGGACAGAAGAGUUUUGCAGGUUUUGACAGAGCUCAACAAAAUAAUUAUUACUGGUACUGGCAAAGAGUGAACCCCACGUUCCAGUUCCACCAGAGGGACCCCUUUGGCAACGGGCAUGAGCAGCAGCACAGCUGUUGUCUGCUUUCUGGCCACGGCUGCGGUCCUGCAGUGGAUGGAAAUGAGCACCCCCUUUCUGUGUGUGGGACCUCUGGACACCCGGCUGGAACUCCCACUACACCCAAGGAAACCACAGCUCUGGCGGGAAACCAAGAUGAAAACCUACUAGAAGAUCCCAAUCUUCAUUUGAAUAUUGAGGGAUUAAACAAAGAAUUUAUGGUGAAAAGUGAAGAACUUUACGAUUCUCUCAUGAAUUGCCACUGGCAGCCUCUGGAUACAGUUUACUCUAAAAUCCCAGAUGAGACCCCACAGAAACCAGAUGUUCAUUAAGCUACCCAAUUAUUAUAUUAACUAUAUCCUGUUUUGUUUUGUUUUUCAAAAAAAUUAAAUUCUCCCAGGAAUAUACUGGGUUCUGUAUGUAAAUACAAAUUCCCAAGACUCAAAUAUGAUUAAAAUGAUAGAACAUAAUGUAAAUAAACUUUACUACUACAUCCA